AUGAAGAGAAUAUUUUCAGAUAAACUCCAGUCCUCGCCGACGCUAUCCUCUGCUGCGACUUUCCUAGCGCCUCCUAGAAACCUGUUUUCGGACAGUUCGAGUACGGUUGGGAGUGACAAGGCGUCCGGCAAGACGGACUCGAGAUCGAGGUCAUCGUCAUUUGGCCGUAUAUUCAGCAAUUCAAGCGAUAGUGGCAAGAACGGGUCGGGCCUGUCUUCCAAGCAACAGCCUUCUUUGCCCAAGGAACAGACCAUGAACACACUUUCUCCGGAGUUGAUACCGAUCGUGACGCUACUCUCGGCACAGAGCCACAGAAGAUACCACGAAGGUGUGUUUCUGAUCCUCAAGGAUUUGAACAGUGAUGGUUCCCCAGCACAGAGAGUGUGGAAAGAAGUAUACGGUGUGCUUAUCGGAACACAGUUGGCCCUGUGGGAUGCUAGAGAACUAUCGAACAAUGAAAACGAUGUGUCAAAACUGAUGGAUGCGACGCUGAAGCCAACUUAUAUUAAUUUUACCGAUGCACAACUUAGAAUGCUCGAUCCUAGCGAUACCACUCUCCAAGUGGAAAAAUCGUCCAGGAAAAACAUUGAAAACACAAUAGUCGUAUCAACCACGUUGAAGAACAGAUUCUUCUUGCAAUUCUCGGAUAAGGACUCGUUUCACACUUGGGUUUCUGCCUUCAGACUCUCUGCUUUCGAGUUCACACUUUUGCAAGAGGCCUACACCGGUGCAUUCUUGUCGACCAGAGGUGCCAAGUUGAGUGAUAUCAAAGUCAUCUUGGCUGACACCAAAUUCGACUACGAAGAUUGGGUUAGUGUGAGAUUCGGUGCAGGAAUGCCUUGGAAACGUUGCUACGCUGUGAUUUCUCAGCCAACGAAGAGAAGCAAAAGUGGUAAGAAGAAAUAUCUAGGACAGAUAAACUUUUACGAAAAUGAUAAAAAGACUAAAAAGACUAAAGCUAUGGCCACGGUCACUGAUGCAUACGCAGUCUAUGCCAUAUAUCCACAAUCACCUGUACUAAUCGAUACGUCUACCAUGAUCAAGUUAGAAGGUGUCAUUACUUUCAGCAAAAACGAUACUCCAAAGGAUACCGAUAUAUUCGUUAUGCCUGAGAAGCAUUAUGCUGUCCCAGGGUAUGAUACCAUCAUCAGAUUUUUGAUUCCAACAAUGAACGCAUUUAAUUUGUAUGGUAGACCCAAGAGAUUGAUAGCAAACAAAGAUGACCCAGAAUCUUUACUUUUCGCAUUACCUACACUACCUCAUAUUCAUUACUUACAAGUUGAUGAUGUGUUACCGCUGACAAAGCAGGCAAGCAGCAAUCAAUGGAAACUGCAAGAUUGGAGGAGAAAUUUAAAGGAAUUGUUAAGUAAGAAACAAUCAUCGGGUUACACUGGAUGCGGUUCUACUGCUGGUUUGGCAGGUGCAUUACAAUCACCGGCAAUUGGAUCUGCCGAAUUGUUUGACCGCUCACCGAAUUCACCAGUUUUCAUGCCCGUACCCCUGCUCUCAACAACUCCAACAGAAAGCAGAUUUGAACCCCAAGUCACUUCUCCACUAAGACUAAAUAGCACCACCCCAAGUCCUACGGACUCUGUUCCUGUUAAUGCGAAUGGCAAAUCGGCUCUGACUAACAACAAUGCUAGUGGGGAGACUUCAAAUGGCCAACAAAUUCCAUUAAAUGAUUAUGCAGUACCAAGCAUCAAGAAUGAUGCUGUUUCUCCGAUGGAUUCGUCUCCAUUAGCCUCGCUCAAUAAUACUAGGUCUUUUUCUACUCCCUUGGAACAAAAUCCUGUGUUUUCCAAUAGCGAACCAAGGACCUUUACGGAGAACCGCAAUAAGACAAGAGUAGUAUCUUCAAAUGAGAUGGACAAUCCAAACUACACAAGCUUCGCUCAACCAAAGCCUUUCACAACAACAUCGUCAUUGUCAAAGACACCAAAUAAUGCGCCUGGGGCUGAUUCCCAAAAACCUGGUAAUGGCCUUUCAAAUGGUAACGCUAGACUGUCAGAUCUGAGUCAAAUUUAUGACAAUUACAGAUCUCAAAAACCGGGAAGCUUCACUUCUCCAUCCCAAAACUCGAACGAACCGGAUGCUUCCUUUGAUUCCCAUAACUCUAUUGUGGUAAAAGAUGCAUCGAGCGCUUAUAACGAAUAUACAGGCUCUCCUAAGGUUAAGAAAUUCGAUAUAUCGAAUGUUGGCGCAGCCAGCAGUGAUGACGUAUUAGAAGACUUUUAUCAACUGAGUAAGCAAAUUUCUGCCUUGAGCAUCAAUUCAGAAGCGAACAAGGUCAAGGAGGAAGCUAAGAAGGAGGAAGAUUUCGACUUCUCUGGAAAAGAGACUUCCUAUGCGGUGGCAUCAGAUAACGUCUUUGAUCCAGAUUAUAUGGAAGAAAACGAUAUGCUUGAUAUGGAGUCCAGAUACACUAAAGAUGACUUUAAAAACAACGCAUCUACUGAUAGCUUAAACCACGAUAGAUUUUAUGAAGCCCAUGACAGUGUUCAAAAUUCUAGUCAGAUGCCGUACAAUGACAUGGCUUCUCCCCCUUCAACCGCCAACUCUUACAAUUCUAAUGUUAACGAGAGGCCAGAAAAUAACAUUGAAAAGAAACAGGCAGCCAUUCCAAGAUCCAAGCCUGUGCCAUUACAUUCUCAAUUGAUGGGUCAAUCAGGUUCAGGUUCAGGUUCAGGUGCAAAUGCAAAUGCAAAUGCAAAUGUAAAUGUAAACCCUGUAUAUGGUGGUUCUCCAGCCGCAAGAGGUGCCCCUCAAACAAACAGAAGAGGCCCACAACCAUAUCCUUCUGCACAAGCCGUUCAUUCGCGCCCACACAAUGCAAUGCCUAAAAGUACAUCUCCUCAGAGAGCUCCUGUCCCAUCAGAAAAUGGAGCCAUGGGUAUGCAAUACCCAAGGGGACCGAACCCACAACAACAGAUGCCGGCUCCGCAAGGUUUCCAAAAGCGCGCACCAUAUUCUUAUGGGGCUCAGAAAACACCGGGCAGUCAACAGCGUAUCGCUCCACAAAUGAUGGGCGCACCAAUGGGCGCACCAAUGGGACCACAGCCUGGAAUGACCCAACAUAGACCUCAAGGUGCAGCAGGGAAACCAAUGCCAAUGCAGAACAGGUAUGGUAACUCGAGGCCGGCUCCUCAACAACAGCCAUUGCCACAUCAACAACAAUACGUAUACUCUCAACCACAGGUCGAGUCUUACCAACAAUAUCCUCCAAAUCAACCAUAUCCACAGAAAUAUCCUGUUCCAAAUGAUAAACCAAGGCAGGCCCUGAACCAACAGUAUAACAAACCAAAACCUUCAUCGAGAGGUGGAUUUUCACAAUUCAUGCCUCCACAACAAUCCAAUGCUAAUCCAUAUGCACACUAA